AGUAUUCCAUUGCGCAUGGGCAGGCUGCACAUGGGCAGGCUGCGCAUGUGCAGGCGUUCUCAUCUCCCUGGGUGGUGGACCCCUAGGCUGUUGGGCCUGGACUGCUGGCCAUGGCUCUGCCUGUCGCCAGUCAUUCUCAUCAUUGUCUUUCAGGGCGGCUUCUCGGGAAAAGGCACAGCUCUCAAGGGCAGGUCAGAUGCCGACCUGGUGGUGUUCCUUAACAAUCUCUCCAGCUUCGAGGACCAGUUAAAUCGACGCAGAGAGUUCAUCCAGGAAAUUCAGAAACAGCUGUGUACAUUGCAGUGUGAGGAACACAUUAGAGUGAAGAUUGAUGUUCUGACUUCACGUUUGCCCAACCCCCAGGCACUCGGCUUCACACUGCACUUCCCCCGACUUCAACAGGAGGUGGAGUUUGAUGUGCUGCCAGCCUAUGAUGUCCUGGGUCAACUCAACUACAUCAAGCCUGACCCGCAAAUCUACAGCAGGCUCAUCCAUGAGUGCACCUCCCUGGGGAAGGAAGUCGAGUUCUCCACCUGCUUCACCGAGCUCCAGAGAAACUUCCUGAAGCGUUGUCCAACCAAGCUGAAGAGUCUCAUCCACCUGGUCAAGCACUGGUACCAACUGUGUAAGGAGAAGCUGGGGAAGCCGCUGCCCCCACAGUAUGCCCUGGAGCUGCUCACAGUCUACGCCUGGGAAUGUGGGAGUGGAAACACUGAGUUCAGCAUAGACCAGGGCUUCCGGACAGUCUUAGAACUGGUCACCAAGUACAGGCAGCUUCUAAUCUACUGGACAAAGUAUUGUGACUUUCAAGACCAAUACAUCUCCAUCUACCUGCUGAGUCAGCUCAGAAGAGCCAGGUAGACUGUCUCCUCAUGG